CAAGAAAACGCGUCUAUAACGACGACUCGUUACGAGGAAAUUAUUUCCUCGUAAAUUUACAUGGUGUUUACGACGAUGUUACGAGUAAAUAAAUAUUCGUCGUAAAUUCGUUGUAAAGUUACAACGAAAACGAUUCGUCGUAAACCAAAUGUAAUUUUACAAGGCUUUUACGUGGAAAGCCCAAUUCGUCGUAAACUCAUUGUAAAUAUACAAGUCAUUUACGACGAAUCAUGUAACCGUUACUUUUGGUGAAAACGUGCAUAUAGUGUGGUUUAAAGUAACUAACUUCGUUGUAAAAUCAUUGUAAAUUUACGAGUGAUUUACGUGGAAAGCCCAAUUCGUCGUAAACUCAUUGUAAAUAUACAAGCCAUUUACGAGGAAUCAUGUAACCGUUACUUUUGGUGAAAACGUGCAUAUAGUGGGGUUCAAAAUAAGCUAAAUUCGUUGUAAAUUCGUUGUAAAUAAUAUGUAAAAACGAUGUAAAAGCAAAGUAAAACUUUUCGUUGUAAAAUCCAUGUUAUACCUUCACCUACCACUUACGAAAAUCGUCUAUAUAUAUGAUCAUUUCUCAAUUCAAAUAACACACAAACGAAAUCAAAGAAAAAAAACCAGAAAAAAGAAAAACAAAUGGCUGAUGGCUUCAAUAUUUACGAGUUACGAAGUUGGAUGUAUUCGCAUAAAGAUGAUUCCGGUAGAGUGACGGAUGCAUUUCUAAGCGGGCUAGAGACAUUCAUGCACCAGGCGGGCUGUACACCGAUCACGCAGGAAAGCGGUAAGAUGUUCUGCCCUUGUCGGAAAUGCAAGAAUUCAAAAUUUGCUCGUAGUGAAACUGUAUGGAAGCACUUACUAAACAGAGGAUUUACACCACAAUAUUAUAUUUGGUAUCAACAUGGGGAGGGUUAUGGUGGAAAUGAAGCUAGUAGUAGUAAUAAUUUUGAAGCUGCUGGUAAUAGUGAAGAACCGAAUCAUUUGCAUAAUGAAUCUAGUUAUCAUCAGGAGGAGCAGAUGGUAGAUCAUGAUAGGGUUCAAGACAUGAUUACUGAUGCAUUUUUAGAAACAACUACUGCAAUAGCUCAUGAAACUGGAAAUGUAGAAGAACCUAAUUUGGAUGCAAAAAGGUUUUAUGAAAUGUUAGAUGCUGCAAAUCAACCAAUCUACACUGGUUGUAGAGAAGGUCUCUCUAAAUUGUCUCUAGCAGCUAGGAUGAUGAACAUUAAAACGGAUCAUAAUUUACCUGAGAAUUGCAUGGAUGCUUGGGCGGAGUUGUUCAAAGAGUAUUUGCCAGAAGACAACGUGUCAGCUGAAUCUUAUUAUGAGAUUCAGAAAUUGGUUUAUAGUCUUGGGUUGCCUUCGGAGAUGAUAGAUGUUUGCAUCGACAACUGCAUGAUCUACUGGAAGGAUGAUGAGAAGUUAGAAGAGUGUCGAUUCUGCAAGAAACCACGAUUCAAGCCGCAAGGACGUGGGAGGAAUAGGGUACCGUACCAAAGGAUGUGGUACCUACCCAUUAAAGACAGGUUAAAAAGAUUAUACCAAUCGGAGAGGACUGCUGCAUGGAUGAGGUGGCAUGCUGAACAUGUCCAGAAGGAUGGCGAGGUCGCUCACCCAUCAGAUGCAAGGGCGUGGAAACAUUUCAACAAGGUAUACCCAGAUUUCGCUGAAAAUAUUCGGAAUGUCUAUCUUGGGUUAUGCACCGAUGGAUUUAGUCCAUUUGGUAUGUCUGGGAGACAGUAUUCUUUGUGGCCAGUUAUUCUUACGCCGUACAACCUGCCGCCGGAUAUGUGCAUGGAACAAGAAUUUCUAUUCUUGACCAUAUUAAUCCCUGGGCCGAAGCAUCCAAAACGGUCGUUGGAUGUAUUUCUUCAACCACUGAUACAGGAGCUAAAGGAGUUGUGGUCAGAAGGGGUAAGAACUUAUGAUUGUUCCACGAAAACCAAUUUUACGAUGCGAGCAGUUCUGCUGUGGACGAUAAGUGACUUUCCUGCUUAUGGAAUGUUGUCUGGCUGGACAACUCAUGGAAGGUUAUCUUGUCCAUAUUGUCAUGGAUCUACGGAUGCUUUUCAACUGAAGAAUGGUAGAAAGAGUUGUUGGUUUGAUUGUCAUCGUCGAUUUCUUCCUGUUGCCCAUCCUUACAGAAGAAAUAAGACAUUGUUUAGGAAAAACAAAGUUGUCAGAGACAGUCCUCCUCCAUAUCUCACAGGCCAGCAGAUCGAGGAGGACAUUGAUUAUUACGGAGCUCAGAAAACUGUGAAGCAAGGAGGAAACUGGCAUGUUCCUGGUAAUAUGCCUGAUGGGUAUGGGGUUUCUCACAAUUGGCAUAAGAAAAGUAUAUUUUGGGAGCUACCUUACUGGAAAGAUCUUCUUUUACGCCACAACUUGGAUGUGAUGCAUAUAGAGAAGAACUUUUUUGACAACAUCAUGAAUACAAUACUGAACGUCCCAGGGAAGACAAAAGAUAACAAAAAGUCAAGGAUGGACUUACCCGAUAUUUGCUCAAGAAGUGAGUUACAUAUCAAGAGCAAUGGAAAUGUUCCUGUUCCCAUCUUUCGAUUGUCAUCAGAAGCGAAGUCAACUUUGUUUGACUGGGUUGCAUCAGAAGUGAAGUUUCCUGAUGGUUACGUUUCAAAUCUGUCAAGAUGUGUUGAACGAGGUCAAAAGUUCUCAGGAAUGAAGAGUCAUGAUUGUCAUGUGUUUAUGCAACGACUACUUCCAUUCGCUUUUGCUGAGCUCCUUCCAACAAAUGUACAUGAAGCACUUGCAGCGAUCGGAGCUUUCUUCAGAGACCUUAGCACACGUACGUUCAAGGAAGAAGUCAUCGAACAACUUCAUGAGAACAUCCCGAUCAUAGUGUGCAACCUAGAGAAGAUAUUUCCUCCAUCAUUUUUUGACGUCAUGGAACAUCUAGUUGUCCACCUCCCGUACGAAGCAUUACUUCGCGGACCUGUUCACAAUGGAUGGAUGUAUCCAUAUGAGCGCUCUAUGAAACAUUUGAAGGGGAAAGCAAGAAAUCUUGCAAAGGUGGAAGGUUCGAUUGUGGCUGGAAGUUUGACAGCAGAAACAUCUAACUUCACAUCAUACUACUUUGCUUCAACGGUUCGUACGAGGAAAAGAGUUCCUAGAAGAUAUGAUGAUGGUGGAGUACCGCAAUCUUAUGCAGUAGACGGUGUUCCUGACAUUUUCUGCCAAAUUGGACGGUUUGGUGGUAAACUGAGAGAAGUAUGGUGGUCCAGUGAUGAGGAUAAGCAUAGUGCCCACACUUAUAUUCUGCUCAACUGCGAGGAUGCUGUGAUGCGUUCUUUUGAAAGCUUGUUUGUAUCUCAAGUUGAAGAAGCAAUACCAGGAAUAUCCGGAACCGAGGUGGAUGCAAGGAAAGAUAAGCACUUUGUCAAGUGGUUAAAAGGACAGGUUGAUUAUGACGAUCCAUAUUAUCCUGUAUGGUUUCAUGAUUUGAUCCAAGGUCCAGUAGCAAAGGUCACCACAUCAUCUAUGUACUUCACACGAGGUUUCACUUUUCAUACAUAUGAGUAUGGGAGACGUCGGGCAACAAGCAACUACGGGAUAUGUGUGAAAGGUGAAACAGACUUUUACGGGAUCUUGCAAGAGAUUAUUGAAGUGGAAUUUCCAGGGUUGUUGAAGCUAAAAUGUGUCCUCUUCAAAUGCGAGUGGUUCGACCCGGUGGAGAACCGUGGUGUUCGGUUUAACAAAUUUGGUGUUGUGGAUAUCCAUUCUGGGAGAAGAUAUAACAAAUUCGAGCCUUUCAUCUUAGCUUCCCAAGCCGAACAAGUUAGCUUCCUUCCAUACCCUCGCCUUCGAAGUUCUGGGAUAAAUUGGUUAACUGCUAUCAAAAUAACACCUCGUGGACGGAUUGUUGCUGGAGAAGAACCACCUUUGCAAGAAGAAGAUGCAAUCAAUGAAGUUGAGGUACCUGAUCAACAAACUGAUGAAAUUCUUUUGAUCGACCCGGAUAACCGUCAAUAUGAAGAUCUUCCCGAAGAUGUGACGGAUGAAGCACGUGAAGAUGAGUUCGAUAGAAGCGAUGAUGAUCAUUGUAGUGAUGUUGAUGAGAACUCAAAUGAUUCUUCAUGAUGUAAAAUAUGUAACAAAUGUUGAUUUUUAUUAGAAGAUCUUAUUUUCAUAUGUGUAUCAAAUUCUAUUUUAUAUAAUAUGCAUUUAAAAAUAAA